UCGGACGAAAUUUGCUUGAAGCUGACUCCGAACAAUCUACAAAAUUCAAAAGCCGUAUUGUUUGUGUCGUCCCCGGAUGUAAGCAGAGAUAUCGCCCCGGAAUUUCUUUUCAUGCCUUCCCUCCGAAAACGGCCAAAUCGCGGUAUCUAGACUGGAUCCAACGACUACGGCUAAAGAUAGAACCUACAAAAACCUCCCGUAUUUGUAGCCUCAAUUUCACCGUGUCGAACUUCUACUCUCCAAGUAUGAAGUCAACAAGCCGUGCCACUGAUCGCUUAAUUCUUAGGCCAUCAGCGGUUCCCGACUUGAAUUUGCCACAACCUCCCAUCAGCGAAGCCAGGAAAAGACUUAUUGAGGGCCGUGCUGAACGUGCUGCAAACCGUGCCAAAGUUGGGGCAGCGAUGGACCAGAGACAUGAUACACCAAACCUUUCAGAUCUUGCCAUCGAUGCUGAAUGUGCAGAUCAUCCCGAAGUCUGUGUUCCUACAGUAGAGAAAGCAGUUCAGGUAGACACUACGGAUUUGGAUAAACUUAAAGUCAAGCGUAUCUCAGCGAACUCCUUUGGAAGCGAUGACGAUCUUGUAUCAUGGACUGGACUUAAAUCAAGAGAAAUGCUCGAAUCUAUUGUCAAAGCAGUGACUCUCGUGAAGCAGUAUAGUAGCCUCUUGAUGAGUUCAAAUUGGACUGUUUCGGCCUUUUCCAUUAGUGCGAAAAUACGAAUAAAAGUGCGCUCUAACAUCGAAUCAUGUUGGUGUCUUCAGCGCACUUAUUCUUCGAUUGAUUACGAAUAA